AUGUCCCUUACAUUGGUGGUCAGUGGGAAGAAUGUCCCUUACAUUGGUGGUCAGUGGGAAGAAUGAAGAAGAAUGCCCCUUACAUUGGAGGUCAGUGGGAAGAAUGUCCCUUACAUUGGGGGUCAGUGGGAAUAAUGCUCCUUACAUUGGGGGUCAGUGGGAAGAAUGUCCCUUACAUUGGGGGUCAGUGGGAAGAAUGUCCCUUACAUUGGUGGUCAGUGGGAAGAAUGUCCCUUAUAUUGGUGAUCAGUGGGAAGAAUGUCCCUUACAUUGGUGGUCAGUGGGAAGAAUGUCCCUUACAUUGGUGAUCAGUGGGAAGAAUGUACCUUACAUUGGUGGUCACUGGGAAGAAUGCCCCUUACAUUGGUGGUCAGUGGGAAGAAUGCCCCUUUAUAUUGGUGAUCAGUUGGAAGAAUGUCCCUUACAUUGGUGAUCAGUUGGAAGAAUGUCCCUUACAUUGGGGGUCAGUGGGAAGAAUGCCCCUUACAUUGGUGAUCAGUUGGAAGAAUGCCCCUUACAUUCGGGGGGUCAGUGGGAAGAAUGCCCCUUACAUUGGGGGUCAGUGGGAAGAAUGCCCCUUACAUUGGUGGUCAGUGGGAAGAAUGCCCCUUACA